CUGGCUUAACAAAUGAUGAGAAGAGAGAGGUCACAGAGAUGGGUACAUUUAUCAGUCUGUUUUAUGCAGAAUGGUUCUUGAGAGCUGAAAUAUCUAACAUAGCUCCAGCUCAGGAUAUUAAAGCUCUCUGGCAGAUGAGCAGAUUUAAGGAGUUUAACCUAGACUCUGCAAUCUGCAUCAACAACAAUAACAUUCUUACUUCGACCCAGUUGGUAUCUGGAUCCAGCAGUAGUUGUUUUUGCUUUGGCUGAUGAAGAAUAUCCUAACAGAGGGGAAAAUGACCAAGAAGCUAUUUUCUCUACCUCGUCCAGAGGAAUUUCCUCUGGAUAAGCAAGUAGUGAAUAAAGAAGUUCUUCUAAGUCUUAACUAUUCUGACAAAGAGCCCCCAAGUCUGACACCCCUGAUAACAGGACAGUCAUGGAUGAUCUUUGACAUGCUUAAACAUAACAGGGCUGAGAUCCAGUGGAUGAAACUUCCUCCUGAGUUCUUGAAUACCAAUGAUUUCUACUGUGAGUUAACUGCUUUCAUCAAGAAUAUAGCAGUAGUAAAUGAUGCAACUGAAAGAGCUAUAAAGCUUGUGCAAGAGCUGAUUGACACAGCAAGAUCAGAAGAAAAACGGCAGGACAACUUUCUGUUUUCCAAUGUCUACAAACGAAACCGUAAGGGUCGAAAGAAGACUGACUAUAAAGCUGCAGCUCUUAAGGGCAUAGCUGAAGAUGCUAUUGAGUAGAAGUUAGGACUCAACCCUGAUGACUCUGUUUUUUAAUCACUGAUGGAAAUUUUUUAUAUUUAUUGAAGAGUUAUCUUCUAAAAGAUCAAACCUGAAAAUUUCCAUUUUCGUGUUUUUUUUUUGAAAAUCUACAUUUUUAAUAUUUUAUUUUUAAUAAGAGGGUUUAGAUAUCAAGAAGAGUGGUUUUUUAUAUGUUAGUAUACAUUAUGUAGAUAACAGAGGAAGAAAAAAAAUGAAGAUUGCUUGUUGUCUAAGGUCCCUGCUCAGGCUUUAAAAAAUGGUAAAAAUCGCAAAAA